AUGGCGUCGCCCUUCGAAGGCGAUGGUGUACGUGUAUUACUGACUUGUUCCUGUUCGGCGCUUUCGCCACCCUCUCGAUUGUACUUUUGUCGACACUGCAUUAAGUUGAGAUGUCCACUUUGUGUGUCUCAUGAGGUAAAUCUUUCACAAAAGCCAAGAGUAAUGGUGACGAUUUAAAAGUCUAUUUACAUCUUAAUGGCAAAUACGAAAAUUGCAGAUGGCCAUAUGGAUAGUUUUACAGAGAGCUUAUGGCCUAAUACAUGGCAAAUCACCGAGGAUAAGACUUCAUUGCUAUCGUUUUUAUUUUUUUAAGGUCGAUUCUUACUACUGCCCAAACUGUUUGGAAAAUAUGCCUUCGGCAGAGGCUAAAGUUAAAAAGAACAGGUAAGAAUCAUAAUCGGUGUUUAGAUCCUGAAUAUUUUUAUUUUGCUCUGGAUUUUUGAGGGACUUGGUGGCUCGUUAGUGCGAUAAAAUGACCUUAUCAUUCAAGAGUCUUGGUGGCUUGUCAGUCCCGACUCAAGAGCCACUGGGGCACUGAAACACUAUAUACCUUUCUUGUUGUUUAAGAUUCUAAUCUUGACUGACAAGCCACUAAAAUAUAAACCUUCACUUGUUCCUUAAACCUUAUGCCUAUAUACCUUUAUUGCCAAUUAACUAUAAAAUUGAUAAAGUCAAUUAUUAUUCUUUCAAAAUUCAAACAAUGUUGCCAUUUCUGAUUGGCCCUAAUACCCCAGCUAAUUCUUCAUAUCAAACUGGCACUUACCAUAUUUGGAAGAUGCAAGCAAUAUACCAUCGAUUUGAUGGUAUAAAUGAUAUACCAUCAAUCAACCUUGUUUCCAGGCGUGGAAGUCUAACUGUUCAUUCGUGAGUGAACUGAAAAGAAAAAGACAUUCACGACUAUCCAAAGAUGAAAUAGCUGAAUUUCUAACUACAGUAAACUCUCGAUAACUUGAACCUUCAAGGGAAAUGGAAAAAAGGUUCAGUUAUCGGGAGCUCGAAGAAAAUAAGGAAAAAAACAGUUUUUGCUGCACAGUGAACAUUUUAAUCACAAUUGUAGAAAUGUUUAAGUGUUUGUAAUUGUAGAGCCAUGAUUCGAACUUGUUUGAAAUGAAAAACUUUUUGAUGAAAAGUGUUUAAAGAGGACUUGUCUAAACUUCCAUUUAGCCUCUUAUUUAGCACUGGUGAUGCAGAACAGCAACUAGACAUCUUUAAUUGGAUGUUGAAGUCAUGCAUAGACACACAUGCUCCACUACACAGAACGAAGAUCACCCGCCUUCCUGCCCAUGAUUAAACACAGACAACAUUACACAGCUCCAAAGCGAAAAAAACGAGCUACUAUAUCUUGCUCAUAAGAGCAAUUCAGUUGAUAUCUAGAGUAAAUUUCGAGAAGACAAUGAUUAAACAAGUAAAGGGGUUGUUUUAUCAGAAAGCCUUGUUAUUGAGGAAACCCAAAGAGCUCUGGCUGGUGAUUCAUCAUGUUCGUCAUCCUCACACUUAGCCCCUGAAAGCGGACCCUGAUCUGUUGAACAACCACUUUACUUCCACCUCACAAUGCUUGCUAGGAUCAACACCAAACUCUCCACACAUUUUACAAGAACUUAUCAACUCACUAUCUGAUAGUUCCACAGGCUCAUUCGACCAUCAUCCUGUCACCUAUUGUGAAUUGCUGAAACAGCUUAAAAACUGGAGAUCUGAUUGUUUUACUGGAGCUGACCAAAUUAAUACUAAAAUAUUAAACUAAUAUAUUAAACUUGAAAAAAACCAAAUUCAUUGCAUUUAAACCAUCCCAAAAGCGUACAAAUCAAACUAUUCAACUUUUAAUUGAUAGUCAAAAAAUUGAUCAAGUAAAAGAAACAGUUUUCCUGGGAGUAAUCAUGGAUGAAAAUUUAAAUUGGAAAUCUGAAAUCUCACAUGUCGCCAAUAAAGUUUCUAAAUGCACAGGAAUUAUUCGUAAAUCCAGUUUCUAUUUAUCCACGAAAACCUUACGAACACUAUAUUUUUCUCUAGUCUAUCCAUACCUUUUUUACUGCAACUUAGUUUGGGCCUCUACUUACAGAACUAACCUUAUUCGUCUUGAGAUUUUACAGAAACGAGUGAUCAGAACUAUAGCUAAAACCACUUUCGAUGCACAUACUGAUCCAAUCUUUCAAAAUCUUGGUAUCUUAAAAUUUCAUGAUAUAUACUUAAUACAACUAGGCUUAUUCAUGUACUCCUAUCAAAACCAUACUCUACCUUUAAAAUUUCAUUGUGAAUUUACCUUACAAAGUCAAAUUCAUUCGUAUAAUACAAGAAACUCGUGUAAAUUUCGUCUGCCUUUCUGUCGUACUCGAACCAAGCAAUUUUCCGUUUUUUAUCAAGGACCUAAAUUUUACAACACCUUAAACACCAACAUCAUCAACGCUUCCUCACCUUUCUCCUUUAAAAGAGCACUUAAGGCAUUUAUUUGUAAUAAUUAUUAGUAUACUUGAACAAAAAUCUUGGGAAAAAGCCUUUUAAUAUU